UUGUAUGUUGAUAUAGCAAGACAAUGAAGAAGAACAUAUACCGACAACAUCUUUCAAUUUUUACGAUAAUGAAGAAGUAAUUGAGCAAUUAAUGAACAAAAAAUACGGAAUUUUCCAAAUAAUUGAUCAAGCCUCUCGUCAGUCUGAAGAUGUCCAAUUUAUUGUAAAAAAAAUCGAAUGUUACAAAGGGAAUUCACAUGUAAAGAUCUUAAAUUCUCAUGAAUUCUCAGUAGCCCAUUAUACAGGAAAAGUCAACUAUGAUAUAGCAGAUAUUGUUGAGAGAAAUAGAGACUUCGUUUCUCCUGAGAUGAUAAAUACAAUGAGACUUUCAACGCUUCAUUUGAUAAAACAAAUGUUUUUCGGCAAGUUAUCUCGAACUGGUAAUCUUAUAUCAGAAUCAAAUCUAGUUGACCAGCCAAAAGAAAAUGAAAUCCACAAAAAUUUGAUGCCGUUAAAAUUGAACAAAAAUCGUGUCAUUCCUAAAGAUCAGUAUUCACAAACGAAAAAAAUGCGUUCAUGUACUUCAACAUUUCGGAAUGUUUGCUUGGAAAUCCUAAACAACUUAUCAGUUAACCAAAAAAAUAUUGGCAUACAUUUUAUACGCUGUAUUCGAGCUGAUUUGAAAAAAGAACCUUGGGGUUUCAAUCAGUAUAUAGUGAAACAACAAGUUAAAGCACUUGGAGUUAUAGAAACGGCGUGCACUAGACAAGAAGGCUAUGCUUAUCGGAUUCCAUUCCGAGAAUUUCUUAGAAGAUACCAGUUUCUUGCUUUCGACUUUGGAGAAAAAGUAGAUAUUUCUAAGGAAAACUGUCGCUUACUUCUUAUUAGAUUGAAAAUGGAAGGAUGGAUGAUUAGUCGAUCGAAAGUAUUUUUAAAAUAUUACAACGAAGAGUAUCUAUCAAGAUUGUAUGAAACCCAAGUUCGAAAAAUAAUUAAAAUUCAAAGUAUGCUGAGAGCUUUUCUAGCUUGCAAAAAACUCAACAAAGCAGCGCAGAAAAAAAAAAUAAAUGGAAAAAAAAAGGUAUUGGAUAAGAAAAAAGAAACAGACAUGUCAGAAGAUGAUGCAGCUUUGUUAAUUCAAAAAACUUAUAGAGGACAUGUUUUGAGAAAGGAACUACACACUCAGAAAAGAACAAUGGAAUAUAAUACAUUCAUUCUUAUACAAUUUUACUGCAUUAAGUGGAAACUUAAAAGUGUUUAUCAAAUUCUUUUGCAGUAUCGAGCAAUACGUUUCCAUCAACUUGUUCAAAUGUCACAGCAAGUUCACUUAUUCAACCGAUCCUGGGCUCAUCGAAUAAGUACGGAAAAUCCACAAAUUGACAUGAAUAACAUUGAGCUCAAUGUUGAAAAAGAUCGAUAUCUAGGACGAAAGCCUCGCUCAGUCUACAAAUUACCGUUCAAUUUCUACCAGGAUUUUCUAAAUUUCGAUGCGGCACAUCUAACUGAACAAUCGGAAAAACUAAGAAAAAAUGGCUCGGAUUCUUCUGCAUCUGACGAAGAUAACGAAACAUGGGAUUCUUCUAUAAAAAGAGAGAUUUUUAAUAGGCCUUCCACUAAGAAGAUAAAAAAAAAUAUUGGAGUGCAGACUACAAAUUCUCCUCACCGAAAGCAACAUACAAUUAUGAAAACCAAUCACAGUAUUAUCAACUCACUGUUUAUAAGGGACCCUCGUACGUCAUCGAAUCCAUUGCAAGAGAAGGACCUUCAUAAUAAUAGAUUCACAAAAUGUGUAUUGGGGAAUCAGCAUCCAAUGAUUACGCAUGGAGAGUGGAACGGAAAUGCAGCGGCUUCUGAAAAAUCACAAAAUUUAAUACUUGGAAAUGAAGCGAAUAACAAUUUUGCCGACAUCACCAGAUUUAAUGCUGUCCACGAACUUCAGUCAAUUGGCAAGAAAAAGGAUCAUACUGAAUUGGACGAAGAACAGCCGUACAAUUUUCAGGCACUUCUACGAAAAACUCCCUAUCAGCGACCAUCGAUGAAACGGAAUCAAAUUUACGAAAGUGAUGUUCAAUCGUUUUCACGACCAAGAAAUCAAUCGAAUAAAUCUCAUAUAACCACAAAUAAAACGGCAAUCAUUAAGACAAAUGAACUGGAAAAUAUCAAUAGUUGCCCAACCGAAAAUUUCAACGUACUUACCGAAGAUAACUUGACCAACAAAACAUUUUUAAUCGAUAACUUUAAUACGAAUAAUUACGAAAAAUGUGAUCUCACAAUCGAGAAAAAUAUUAAUGACCGUCAGCAAUAUAAGUCUAUCGAUACUGAUGAUGUAUCAUCAUUCAAACUUGCUCCAGGUGUGAUUGUUGAAGGUUAUUGUGCUGAUUUUUAAGUUUUUCACGUGAUCCAAGCUAUAUAUUAUUUAGAAAUGUAGGUGUCGCAUCAAUAAAGAAAAAAUA